AUGUAAGUCGUUAACAAAAAGAUUGGAUAGAUUGAAAGUUUGCCAGAAAUUAAAAAAAGUAAGAAUAAGAAUUCAUUUUGUUUAAUGCUCAUAUACUCUCGAUCUUAUAGUUAAUAUUAUUCUCCUUAAAUACAUUUUGGAUAGAUUUAAAUAAAAUAUUUUGGAUUUUUGAUCGAUUAUUAUACAAGAUUUUAUGAAAGAAAAGAUUUUGUUUGUAACACUGUUAAUUAAUAUAAUUCUUUGGGACAUUUAUGCAAUUGUUCAUUUUUCGUAUUUAUGUUCUUGAUUUAGAAAUAGUACUUCUAUCAAUCUGUUACUCUCUAAAAUAACUUUAAAAUCAAAAUUUAUUUUAGCUUAAAUAGAGAAAUUUUAGUGAUUAUGGGAUUUAACUGCAAACUAUGA